AUGGCGACCCAGUGGCAUGCUACGGACAAAACAUUUCUAAUCACCGGUGGCGCGUCUGGUUUAGGAGCGGAGUUUGCCAAAACUUUUCUUGCAAUUGGAGCUAAGAAGGUCGCUGUACUAGACGUGGCCACAGAAGCAGGAGAAGCUUUCGUAACCUCUCUAAACGAAACUUAUCCAGGCAAAGCUAUGUUUCUAAAAUGUGACGUCAGCAAAGAGGAAAACAUUAAAAGCGCGUUUGAUAAAGUACUGCAAGAUUUCAAAACAAUAGAUGUGAUCAUCAAUAAUGCUGGAAUUAUGAAUGACUCGCCGCAAAUGUGGAGACUUGCAUCAGACGUUAAUUGGCAAGGAGUAGUAUCAUUUACAACAAAGGCUGUGGAACACAUGCGUACUGACGAGGGAGGUGCAGGCGGCACCAUCAUCAACAUUUCAUCCAGUGCUGCGAUUUUUAGAUUCCCCAUACUCCCAAUAUACAGCGCUUCUAAAAUGGCCGUUCUGCAGUUUAGUCAGUGUUUAUCGAUGCCGCCUUUCUUCGAACGCACAGGAGUCAGGAUUUUGACCAUUUGUUUCGGACCUACUAAGACGCCAUUAAUUAUGAAUCUCAUAGAAAAAUCGAUUGAUCCAAAGUUCGCUUUGGAGUUUCUAUCUACAGUGCCAUCAGGUCACACACAAGAAGUGGAAUCAGCCGUGAAAGGCUUAGUUGAAAUGUACAAACUGGGAAGUUCCGGUUCAGUCUGGAUGUCUGCAGGCAAUCAACCCGUUAAAGACAUUACCCAAGUCAUUCGGAGUGCCUUCGAGGAGUUCGAGAGGGUAGUUAAGGGUGAACUGAACUAA